AAUUUAUUUUGUGGGUAGUGGUUGAGUCUCCGGUGCGGCGAACCCGAUCCGACUCGAACGGCGAUGGCUCUCUUCGUCCUCCACCUACCACCACCCCCGCUCUCCCCUCAUCCCCCAAACCCUAACCCUAACCCUAACCCUAACCCUAGGCGGCGCCCCUCUCUCCACCUCCGCACCUUCCCCUUACCUCGCGCUCGGUGGCGCGGCGCGACCGCCCCGCGCUCCUCGCUCGGCUCCGCCCCGUCCCCGUCGCCGUCCCCGUCCGUCGACGGCGACGCCCUCCGACGGGGCGCGGCGGCGCUGGUGCUUCACUUGGCCGCGUCCAUCUUCGUCCUCCUCGGCUUGGGAGCGCGCGCUAGUGCCCUCGCAUCGGCAACCCCUCCUCUCCCCUCCCCAUCCCCCGCCGCCGCAGCCUCCGAAACAGACCAUGCUGUCGAGAGCUCCGAUACUCCGCAAGCGGCGGAGGACGAAGAAUGGAGGGCCGCAUUCGAGACUUGGAAGGCAAAGAUCUAUGAAUUGACAGUGCCCCUUAGAAUUGUCGCCCUUCGAGGCUCGAUACCGCCCUCGUGGACCAAGGAUUUCAUUCAAGCACAGGGGAGGAGGUUGAAGUUGAUUCUGGAAUACCGAGGAAGUCUCGAUUCCAUUUUCUCUGAAUUGUGCUUGGCCUCUGAGAAAGGUCGUGUGCAGCCGAAAUCUGCCAUGGCAUCUGAUAUCGUUUCGAUUGGUGACUCUUGGCUUAGCUAUGCCGUUCGCAAGGGAUUAAUUGAGCCUAUAAAAGAUGCCGAGGAGCACGACUGGUUUAGAAACUUAAGCGAAAAAUGGAAGGUUUAUCUGUGCAGGAACAGUAAGGGAGAACUAGAUUCUAGUGGCGACAUAUGGGGCGCUCCGUACCGCUGGGGAACGAUGGUCAUAGCAUACAAGAAAAGCAAAUUCAGAAAGCAUAACCUGAAGCCAAUUGAGGACUGGGAGGACUUGUGGAGGCCCGAACUUGCUGGAAAAAUCGCGAUGGUCGAUUCUCCUAGAGAGGUUGUUGGUGCGGUUUUGAAACGCCUGGGGGCAUCUUACAACACGAAGGACAUCGAUUUGCAAGUUAAUGGAGGAAGGGAAGAAGUUUUAAAAAGUUUGAGAGCUCUCCAGAGGCAGGUUCGGCUAUUCGACAAUGUGUACUACCUAAAAUCAUUUGGAAUAGGAGAUGUGUGGGUCGCUGUAGGAUGGAGCAGCGAUGUGAUCCCUGCGGCAAAACGCAUGUCAAAUGUUGCUGUGAUUGUUCCCAAAUCCGGCACUAGUCUAUGGGCAGACCUUUGGGCAAUACCUUAUGCUACGAAAUUCAACACCGACCAGAUCGGCGGCAGAGUUCGUGGCCCGUCCCCGCUAAUCCACCAGUGGUUCGAGUUCUGCCUACAAACUGCGAGGGCUUUACCUUUCCGUCAAGAGGUCGUUCCGGGGUCGUCGCCCUUCACCGUCGAGCAUCCUCAGCUCGAAGGCCCUAGAGAGCCGGAUAGAGGGAAACCUAAGCUCGAUACCAAUCUCGUCGGCGGAGUUCCGCCGGCCGAAACACUGGCGACGUGCGAAUUUCUCGAGCCCUUGUCUGAUAAGGCCUUGGAAGAUCACCAGUGGUUGAUCUCAAAUACUGUAAAGAGGAAUGUGGUUUGAGAACAAAUAUCUUAAUUUAAGACAAAAUGGAGAUCUACAUUCUGUUAAUCAAUCAUAAUUGCCUUAUGGAUUCACUUA